GAAGGCAUGCUCAAUUUCAUGCUCUAAGCAAUUCUUUUUCUUGGGAAUUAUAAAGAUGAAGAGCUUAGCUUAUUUUGGUAAGAAAUUAGUGCAUCUUUGUAAAUUCUCAUGCACCAAAGUAAGUAAUUUCUACAUAUCCUGCAAAAUUUUAAUCAAGUCAUAUUUUCAUAUCUUGCUCUUUGAAGUAAACCCAGUUUGGAUUCAAUUAUCCUAUUUUUCCACAAUUUCUCUUUUUGGGUAUUUGGCUUUGAAGCUUUCACAGCCAAGAACUAUUACCCCUAAUAGUACUAGUGCUUCCCCAUUCACACCCAACAAUAUUGAUAUCCUCUUCACUUCCAUAUCUGCUGCUACUGUUUCAAGCAUGGCAACAGUGGAAAUGGAAUUUUUCUCCAAUACCCAACUCAUUUUUAUGACCAUUUUGAUGUUAAUGGGAGGUGAAGUCUUCACUUCUCUGUUUCGACUUAAUUUGAAAACGUUUUUCCAUAGAAAUGAAUUAAUUACCAAUACCAACACGAAAGAGUUAGUUUCUUUUUCUGGUUCUGUUGGCGUAGAAGAGAAUGAGAAACCAAAAGAGAAUGACUUAGAAAGUAAUACUAAUUAUUACCUCCGCAACUUUUCCGUACGCAGUGAUGGUUUAAAUUAUGACUCAGUAAUAAAGAGUUUGGGGUAUGUGGUUCUUGUGUAUUUUUUAGUGGUUCAAAUGGUGGGUGUUAUCUUAGUUGCUUCAUAUACAAGUCUAGUUUCAAGUGCAAGGGAGGUACUAACCAAAAAAGGCAUUUCAAUACAGACAUUUUCUAUAUUCGUUACAGUAUCAACCUUUUCAAAUACUGGUUUUGUACCCACAAAUGAGAAUAUGAUAGUUUUCAAGAAAAAUUCAGGCCUGCUUCUUCUUUUAAUACCUCAAACACUUUUAGGAAAUACACUUUUUGCACCAAGCUUGAGAUUUUUGAUAUGGGUAUUGGAAAAAUUGACAAAAAGAGAGGAUUAUAGGUACAUGUUGAAGAAUAGCAAAGAGAUGGGUUAUGGGCAUUUGAUUUCUAGCGUUAAAUGUCAGUUCUUGGCUAUGACAGUUUUGGGGUUUAUAGUGAUACAGUUUGUAUUGCUUUGUGCUAUGGAAUGGAACUCACAAGUGAUGGAUGGUCUAAGUUGGUUUGAGAAAUUGGUUGCUGCUUUCUUCCAAGUGGUGAAUACAAGGCAUUCAGGGGAAGCUGUUUUUGAUCUCUCUAUUGUCUCUUCUGCAAUCUUAGUUCUCUUUGUGGCUAUGAUGUAUCUCCCACAAUAUUUUUCAUUCAUGCCCAUAAAGCCAGAAGAAGAAGUAACAAAAAGUGGGAAAGGACACAAAAAUGAAGGAAGGACAGCAAUGCAGUGCAUAUUGUUCUCACAACUGUCAUAUCUUGUCAUUUUUAUCGUUCUCAUUUGUAUUUUGGAGAGAGAGAAGAUGAAGACGGACCCACUAAACUUCAAUGUCUUAAGCAUCACCCUAGAAGUGAUAAGUGCGUAUGGAAACGUUGGAUACUCAACUGGAUAUAGCUGUGCAAGACAAAUUAAGGCAGAAGCUUCUUGUAAAGAUAGAUGGUAUGGAUUUGUCGGAAGGUGGAGCAACUUGCCUAAAUUCGUACUCAUCAUCGUCAUGUUGUUUGGAAGGCUAAAGAAAUUCACCUCCCAUGGUGGUAAAGCCUGGAGAGUUUCCAAGUACAGUUGAUCACAUCAUAACACAAUAAGCAGAGACAGCGGGACAGAAGCUUUUGUGUUUUUGAAUUUCAAGUUAGCGUUUCCUUUCUUCUUCUUCUUCUUUUUUUUUUUUUUCCUUUUUGA